AGGCGGGCCGGGAGCGUGCGUGAGACGAUACGUUACGUCCGAAGACUCUCCGCUUUCACCGGAGGUUUUAGCAAUGAGGCUUCUGCAGAGCGAUCUGCCCGGCGGUGCUUCUACCUUGCGGCCUUACCACCCCUUCCCCGCCCCCCUGCCUGGGUCCCGGUUCGCACCGAACACCCCUACCCGCACGUCGCCACGCCUUUGCUCAGGCCGGGCCUCUGCUGGUGACCGGGAACGCCCCUUCACCCUCCCGGAACAGUCGCUACACUCCCGAGCCUCCCACUGCUUUCGAAGCGCCAAACCCGAAUACCCGGCCUCGGAACUCUCACGGGGACGUCCCGGACCCUAAAACACUAUCUCUUCAGGCUGGAAUGGGAGCCUCAAGCAGCAGUGUGAGGCCCUGGCCAUUUUCCUGGCCGGCGACAGAGUUCCCGGCGCAGCCCGAAUGACGCCAUUUUUGUUACUGGUAGAGCUCGGGCUUGGAGGCUGUUGCUGAGCCUGCGAAAGAUAAGCUAACGCGUCAUCCAGACCCACCAAGGAGGGCUGGAGGGGAAAGGGAAUUUCAGGCGAUGUUGAGCCCGUUUGUGCAAGCAGGGAGCCAAGCUCGUCUUGAGGAGGAGCUUUGGGGUCCUGAGAGCAGAGCCAGGGAACCAGUGACAUAUGAGGAUGUGGCUGUGGACUUCACCCAGGAAGAGUGGCAGCACCUGGACCCUGCUCAGAAGACCCUACACAGAGAUGUGAUGCUGGAGAUCUACAGCCACCUGGUGUCUGUGGGGUGUUCAGGUAUAAAACCAGGUAUAAUCUUCAAGUUGGAACAUGAAGAGGACCCAUGGUUCAUAAAGAGUGAGUUGUCAAGGUGGAUCCACUCAGACAGAGAGAAAAGCCUUGACUCUUCCCAGCAGAUCAUUUCUGAAGAACUUUCAUUUCAAAAGGAGAUAUUGGGAAAAACCCCAAAGGAUAAUUCAUUGUAUUCUCUCUUAAAAGUCUGGCAUACUGAUGGUCAGAUAGAUAGGUAUCAAGGAAACCAAGACAGAGUUUUGAAGCAGGUCACAGUCACUAGCCAUGAAACAUUGGCCAAGGAGAAAGGCCCCAAAUGUAAUACAUUUGGAAAAAUACUUGGUGUGUGCAUAGACCUUGAUCCUUCAAGUAAAAAACUCCGUGAUUUUGAUUCAUGUGAAAAGAGCUUGAAAUCUAAUUUAGACUCACUGACAUGCAAUAAGAGCCAUGCAAGGAAGAACCCCAUUGAGAGAUUUCGAUGUGGGACACCACCUAGCUAUCAUGAUUCCUGUUCUGUGCCUGAGGAAAUUUACACUGGCAUGAAACCCUGUGGACAUAGUCGAUGUGAAAAAGGUCUCAAUCAUAAACAAGUCCAUAUUCAGUAUGAGAAAGAUCAAGCUGGUAAGAAACCCAAUGUUUGUAGUGAGUGUGGGAAAGACUUUAUUAAGAAGUCACGGCUUAUUACACAUCAAAGAAUUCAUACUGGAGAGAAACCGUUUGUAUGUGGCGAUUGUGGAAAAGCCUUCAGUGAGAAAUCACACCUUAUUGUGCAUCAGAGGAUUCAUACUGGGGAGAAACCUUAUGAAUGUACUGAGUGUGGGAGGGCCUUCUCCCAGAAGUCACCCUUCAUCGUUCAUCAGAGAGUCCACACUGGAGAGAAACCCUAUGAAUGUUUUGAGUGUCAAAAAGCCUUCUCUCAGAAGUCACAUCUCAUUAUACAUCAGCGAGUUCAUGCUAGAGAGAAGCCCUUUGAAUGCAGUGAAUGUGGGAAAGCCUUCUGUGAGAAGUCUCACCUUUUUAUACACCAGAUAACUCAUACUGGGGAGAGACCCUAUGAAUGUACUGAAUGUGGGAAAACCUUCCCUCGGAAAACACAACUCAUCAUCCAUCGGAGAACACAUACUGGAGAGAAACCCUAUAAGUGUAGUGAAUGUGGAAAAACCUUUUGCCAGCAGUCCCACCUCAUAGGGCAUCAAAGAAUUCAUACAGGAGAGAAACCUUAUAUAUGUACUGACUGUGGAAAAGCCUUUUCCCAAAAGUCACACCUUACUGGACAUCAAAGGCUUCAUACUGGAGAAAAACCUUAUAUAUGUACAGAAUGUGGAAAAGCCUUCUCUCAGAAGUCACCUCUUAUUAUACACCAGAGAAUUCAUACAGGGGAGAAACCCUAUGAGUGUAGUGACUGUGGCAAAACCUUCUCCCAGAAAUCACCCCUCAUUAUUCAUCAGAGAAUUCAUACAGGGGAGAAACGCUAUGAGUGUACUGAGUGUGGAAGGGCCUUUUCCCUGAAGUCACAUCUCAUUAUACAUCAGAGAGCUCAUGCUGGAGAGAAACCAUAUGAAUGUAGUGAAUGUGGAAAGGCCUUCUGUGAGAAGUCUCCAUUAGCUGUACAUCAGAAAACUCAUACUAGGGAGAAACCCUCUGAAUCUGCUGAAUAUGGGAUGGCUUUUUCCCGGAAAUCACAGAUGAUCACAUAUCAGAGAACACACACAAGGGAGAAACCCUCCCAAUGCAGUGACUGUGGGAAGGUAUUCUGCCAGCAUAUAUACCUCACUGGACAUCAGAAUCCACAUAGGAGAGAAACCUCAUAUAUGUACUGAUUGUGGGAAGGUCUUCCCAGAAGUCAGACUUCACUGUGCAUGAAAAAACUCCCACUGAACAGAAAUCUUAUGGAUGUGUUGGACAUGAAAAAAAUGUGGCACCUCCUUAACUGUAGAAUAGACUCAUAUGUUCCUACGUAUUUCUUUUUUUCUUUAAAGAUUUUAUUUAUUUAUUUAUUUGAGGGGGUGGGGAGGAGGAGGAGAGGGAGAAGGACAAGCAGACUCCGUGCUGAGCUCGGAGCCCAACGUGGGGCUUGAUCUCAGGACCCUGAGAUCAUGACCUGAGCUGAAAUCGACUGAGCCGCCCAGCCACCCCAAUUUCUAAGUAUUUGUGAUUACCCUUCCACAGAAUGAUCUGGUCAGGCUCUCAGAAUAUUUUCAACACUGUAAAUAUGGAAUGCAUUUGUUCACAAAGUAUCCCAUCCCCCCUCACAGAAUAAAUGUGUCUGGAACAGUUAGCACUGUUUUGGUGUUAUUUGGUCCUUGAAGGUAUUGUAGAACUCUCCUUGAAUUUAUUUGGGUAUGGUGCAUUAUUUGAAGGCAAUCUUUCUGUAUUUCUUUCAUUAUAUUUUCUCUCUUUAGAUUACAUAUGUAUUUAUGUUGAUAUAUCUAUCAAUAUAUAGGUAUAGAUAUAUGAAUCCCUGGAAUUUUCAUAAAAAUCAUCCAUUUCCUCAAGGUUCUUAAUAUAUUUGUGAAAUUUUGUAAAAAAAAAGAAAAAUAUAUUUGUGAAAUUUUGAGCAAAGUGAUCUCAUAUGAUUCAUUUAAUUUUCUCUAAAUAUGUAGUUAUUUCUCCACUAUCAUUUCUGAUAGAGUGUAUUUGUGAUUUUUUUCCCUCAGGUAAACCAAUACUAACGUUUUAUUUAUUUUAUGGCCCACCAAGACCAAUUCUUGCAUUUAUAUAAUUUUUCUAUUUUCCAGUUCAUUUGUACUUUUUAUUUCAUUAGUCUUUCCAUUUUCUUUUCUAUUUUUUCUAACAUCUUUAGUUGAAUGUGUAAGUCAAUUAAUCUCAUUCUUUCUGGUCUGUUUAUAGAUGUAUUUUGGGCUGUGUAUUAAUCUGAGAACUACUUUAGCCAUUUGUGGUUCAAUCUGAGAGUAUUCUGGUUUUUGGUAGGUAAG